AUGGAAGAACUGAAAGCCACAAAGAAGCACUUGUGUGGAGAGCAUGACACCCUCAUGUGGCCCAUCACUCAACUCAGCAAGAGGUUUGCUGCCUUUACCAACAAGGUAAAGCAGCAGUGCCAGCAAUUCAAGGAAGAGGUUGAUGUCUUGCAGGCUGUGCUCAUGCCCACACUCAAGCAGGUUGAAGUGCAACUUGAAGCCGUGGAGGCCAUUCAGUUGUUGUUCUUGGCUGUCACUGCUGCCAAAGACCCCUCAGCAGGUGUGUUCUACAACUGCACAGAGCAGAAGACCAUUAUCAGCCUGCUUCGUCGCCUUCACCACAGUGACCAGCCAUACAACCCACUGCCAACAGUCUUAAGCCAGGCACUCUACAAACACAUCUGCUUGGGCAUUGUGCGCAUUGUCAAAGCCUGA